AUGUCUAGCAAGAACUUGACGUUCCACCUCGCAGAACGCCCCACGGGAAACAUCGUUCCAGGGCGCACGUUCAAGCUUGUUGAAACAGACGCGCCGACAGCCGAUAAGCUGAAAGAUGGGGAGAUCUUGGUCGAGGUCAUCUACUUAUCGCUCGACCCUGCUUUGCGCAUCUGGUUGCAUGAUUUCCGAUCAUACAUACCAGCUCUCAAAAUAGAUGAGAAGAUCCGCGGUUCUGCGAUAACUAGGGUUCUCGCAAGCAAGAGUCCCAAAGCCAAGCAGGGCGACCUAGUCUUCGCACAUAGCGGGUGGACGGAGUACGCCAUCGUGGAUGAAAAUAAUUUCUUUCCUAUUGAUCUACCCCAAGGCGCACAGCUCACGGACUUCCUCGGCGCCAUAGGCGUCACUGGCCUAACAGCCUACUUCGGCCUCGAAAAAGUCGGAAACCCCCAACCAGGCGAAACAGUAGUCGUUUCCGGCGCUGCAGGCGCAACAGGCAUCAUCGUCGGCCAAAUCGCUAAGAUACGCGGCUCCAGGGUCAUCGGUAUCGCGGGGUCGGAUGAGAAAUGCGAUAUCCUGACUAAGGAAUUGGGAUUCAAUGUUGCGCUGAAUUAUAAAAAGGCGUCAUUUAGGGAGGAGUUUGAGAGGGCUACGCCGGGGCUGGUGGAUCUUUAUUGGGAUAAUGUUGGGGGUGAGAUACUAGAAUUAGCCCUCGAGCGCGCGGCGAAAAGAGCGCGGUUUGUUAUGUGUGGUGGGACGAGUGAGUACAAUAGCCUCGGCGGAGAAGCUAAGCCCGGUGUAAGGAACUUACUUCAAGUUGUUAUAAAUCGGAUCCGCAUGGAGGGCUUUAUUGCUUUUGACUACGUGGAUGAGUAUCCGCAGGCGAGAGUGGAGUUGGGGAAGUGGCUUGCUGAGGGUAAGAUUAAGCGGAAGGAGACUAUCUUAAAGGGGGGCUUGAAGGUGGCGGAGACGGGGAUAGGGGAUUUGUUUGCUGGGAAGAAUGUUGGGAAAAUGAUUGUUGAGGUUAAACCGCUUGAGUAG